CUCAGCCUUUUACUAUCUACCGGUAUAAAGUGGAACUUACCACGGGAGACUUCGAUAUUGGGAAUUGAGAGUAGGUGGGCAUCAUGAAUUGAUCAAGAUUUCUCUUGAACCUCUCAGCAUUCAUCCCACCUCUCGCUUUGAGAUAAUACUUAAGUCGAGCGAAACAUGACAAGUCCGGGUAGACACGCUCUUGUUUUCGGGGGUACUGGCCUUAUUGGUUGGGGCGUCGUCAACGAGUUGCUCUCGGGUUAUCCUGAACAGGGGCUGUUCAACAGAGUCACUGCAGUCACCAACCGUUCGCUCAAGCCGGAAGAUACGCACUGGCCAGAUGCAUUGCCAGGCUUACCCGAACUUCAGAUAUGCUCAGGAGUUGGCCUCUUGAACGGAACCGGCGAAGACCUCGCAGCUACUCUAGGAAAGAUGGUUCCGGACGCCCAGGGCGUCACUCACGUCUUCUACUUUGUCUUUACUUCUUUUUCGAAUGACUUUGAGCAAGAGUGUGAAUUGAAUUGUGGUAUAAUGCGAAGAGUAGCAACGGCCGUAAAUAUGCUUUGUCCAAGCCUUCAGUCUUUUGUUUACUCAGGGGGCACUCGGGGAUACGGUAUCUAUGAUCCUAACAUCAAUUUCAAGAUUCCGCUCGAGGAACAUAUGGCCAGCCAAAUUCCCGAGGAUUACGCUAAAACUGUCGCAUAUCCAUGGUUUAGGGAAAUACUCACCAAGGCCGCAGAGGGCCGGGGAUGGGCCUGGACGGAAGUCUGCCCUGAUGUCGUCGUCGGCUUCAGCCCGAUAGGCUCCGGGUACUCGCUCGCACUCCACUGGGCGCAAUAUCUCUCAUUAUACGCCUUCAACCACGGCAUCUCAGAAUCAAACGGUGAGAAAAGGGUAGAGAUUUCCUUUCCUGGGACUGAGGCCGGCUUCAACGCCCGGUUUACCCAGGUCUCUACUCGCAUUCUAGGACGGAUCAGCAUUUUCGCGUCGCUCAACCCAGACAAGCUCGAUGGACAGAUCAUUAAUACGCUCGAUGACCCGACCCCUACAACAUUCCGCGAACUAUGGCCCGAGAUUGCGGGUUGGUUCGGCCUGGUAGGUGUUGGCCCAUCUAGACAUGAGGACUCCUCGCUCACUCCGAGCGAAUACAUCGCAAAGUACAAGCAUCUCUUUGAGGAACAUGGGCGCCCAAAGGGUGUCACGGCCGGAGUUGGUGCUGGCAGCAAACAGCUUGACGCCGUCGGACAUUGGCUAAAUUUCGACAGAGAGCUCAGCGCUGAUAAGCUCCGAUCUACCGGCUUCCUUGAACAACAAUUACCGGCUCAUUCAUGGAUGGAAGCCUUCAGGAGUCUCAGGCUUGCUGGUGUCAUCUUUUAAUUGUGAUACGGGCUCCUAAUAAGCAUCAAGAUCCAACCCCGUAUAUGGCAAAGUUUUAUGUUAGCCUUUAGGUAUGAAUCAAGGCUUACCCUUUCGUAUUCUACAGUGGCAAUAAGAGUACCGCUAUAGUACGACUAGGCUAACCAUCGAGAACCAGCCUCUCUUAAGUUCAGGAACUCAAAUGUUGUAUGUACCUAGGCACCGAAAAACUAGAACGGCUAGGGAUAAACGCAUGAAAGGGGUUUGCUAUUUUAUGCAUGUUGAGGGGAUA